AUGCCCUUAAACCGACUUCGCUCGAGGCCUUUGAAUAUGCCUCGCGCCAGUGACACAAUCCCCAUGAUUGAAAAACUGCAGUAUGACCCUGCAUAUGAGCGAGCCUUCCAGCACGUAUUUGGCAAAACCAUUAUUUGCCCCAACCUACAGGUUGCGUCGCAGUACGCUCGAAGUCACGGCGUGAACGCUAUCACCCCAGAGGGUGAUCGAUCCGACAAACGCGGUGCUCUGACUGGUGGAUAUCACGAUUCACGCCAGUCCCGUCUGGAUGCUGUCAAGGGUCUAGGAAAGUGGCGGGAUGAGUAUGAAAGCAAGAGAAAUCGCGGCACUGAGAUUCGGAAGGAGUUGGAGCAGCUCGACCAGAUGAUCACCAAGGCCGUUGGUGAACUACAGAAGCUCGAGCAAGAGAGACACAACGUCCAAAACCGCAGUGGACCGCUCCGAAAAGAGUUGCGUGGCAAGCGUGACCAACUACAGAAAACGAAUGAUACCCUUGACGCCAAGCGCCGCGCCCUUCGCAAUGUGGAAUCCAACCUCGCGGCUUUGAACGACCAAGUGAGCGCCUUCGAAGCAGAGUUGUCGUCACCUUUCCAGAAAGCCCUCACCAGCGAGGAAGAAGCCCGACUUGAGACUCUGAGCAGCACAGUACAGGACCUUCGUCGUCAAUACCAAGAAUUGUCGAGCCAGCGCAAUGAGCUCGAGGCCCGUAAAUCCGUGCUUGAAGUUGAACUUCGGGAGAACCUCAACCCUCGCCUCGAUCAACUCCUCAACAGAGACGUUGAUAUUGCCGAUGAGGAAGUUCAGGGUAACUUGAAAGAGGUACAGCGGGAGGUGAAGCGUCUUACACAGGCACUGGAGAAACUCAACACACGACUCAAACAAGUGGAUACCUCCAUUGAGGAGGGCAACACUCGUGUUGUUGAACUUGAACAGCGCAAUGCCGAGACCCGCCGUGAGAUUGAAGAUCUCGCUCGAUCCAUCGAAAAGCACCAGCGACGCAUGGAGAAGAGUAUGCAGAAGAAGGCAGCACUUACCAAGCAAGGCGCCGAGUGCGCAGCCAAUAUUCGUGCCCUAGGUGUACUUCCCGACGAAGCCUUCACUAAAUACCAACACACCGACUCCAACAUCGUCGUGAAGAAACUCCACAAGACCAACGAGGCUCUUAAGAAAUACUCUCAUGUCAACAAGAAGGCGUUUGAGCAGUACAACAGCUUCACCAAGCAGCGUGAGACACUAACCUCGCGUCGUUCCGAGCUGGACGCGUCGCAAAACUCUAUCGAUGAUCUUAUCUCCGUGCUUGACCAGCGCAAGGACGAGGCCAUUGAACGUACCUUUAAACAGGUCUCUCGCGAGUUCCACAAUGUGUUUGAGAAGCUGGUUCCCGCUGGCCGUGGCCGCCUCAUUAUCCAGCGUAAGACGGACCACAAUACCCGACCAGAGGAUGGUGUUGAGUCCGAUGACGAGGAAGCCCGCCAGAGUGUGGAGAACUAUGUUGGGGUUGGCAUUAGCGUCAGCUUUAACAGCAAGCACGAUGAUCAGCAGCGUAUCCAGCAGCUCAGUGGUGGACAGAAGAGUCUUUGCGCUCUCGCCCUCGUCUUCGCUAUCCAGGCCUGUGAUCCCGCACCAUUCUACCUCUUCGACGAGAUUGACGCCAACCUGGAUGCCCAGUACCGAACCGCCGUCGCCCAGAUGCUCAAGUCGAUUUCGGAUUCCACAAACGGACAAUUCAUCUGCACAACCUUCCGUCCUGAGAUGCUGCACGUCGCUGAGAAGUGCUACGGAGUCAGCUUCCGACAGAAGGCCAGUACGAUUGAUGUGGUAUCCCGCGAGGAGGCCCUCAAGUUCGUGGAGGAACAGAAGUCGUGA